AAAACAGCUUUCUAUUUCGGUCAAGAUAAUGGCUCUGUCAUUUUUCAACCUUAAAUGCGUUACAUUCACGCACAAUUUUGCCAUUUUUGUAACACAAAUCCUUCUUGUCACUUAUUCUCUGUGAUCUUUUUCUUUUUUAAGUAUUUAGUCAUCACCCUCUAUAAGGUACUUUCUUUUCUUGAUCUUUUUGCAUUUCCUAGCCUACUAUUUUUCUUUCAGAUUAUGAAUAUAUUUCAACAUUCAAUGACCCUAUUUGUUAUCGUCUUCUUAACAUGAUCAAUUUUGUAUGUUUCCUCUAGAACAUCUAUCCUUUUGCAUUGUUAAAGGUUGUUUCUUUUAGAGGUGUGUUGAAUUUAGGUAAAAUUCAGGAUCUUGGACAGACCCUCUUGAUUUGUUUGUUAGGUUUGAUCAGUUUGCAUGUUAAUGUUCACCAAAGAAUAAGAAUAGUUGCAAUUCUGGUAUUGUAUACUAAUGGACAAUUAUAACAAUUCUUCAUAUCCAUAUCCAUAUAACACUGGUUAUGGUUACCCUCCACCACCUAAUUCAAAUCAACCAUACCCCCCUCCACCAGGUUCUGGUGCAUAUCCUCCACCAGGUCCUGGUGAUGCAUACCCUCAAUAUCCUCCUCAUCAAUCCCCUCAAUAUCCUCCCCCUUACAACACUCAACAUUCUGGUCAUUAUAACUAUCAACCCUAUCCACCAGUUCCAUCAGCUCCAUCGGCACCACCAGCACCGACUCUCCACCAUUCCAGCUCUUUAGACUAUGGGUACCCUCCACCAUCACACGGUCCCUAUCCAUCCCAUGCAUAUCCGCCUCCCCCGACAUCUUCUAGUACUGUCCCUACUCCUGAACAUCAAGGCAGUUUUGGAUAUGCUGCUGCACCUCCUCAGCAUUAUCAACAUUCCUGGCCAGUAAGGCCUUUGGAGAGCCAAUCAUCCAACUCUCUCCAUCGCCAAGAUAGUGCUUCGUCGUUUAGUAGUGACUCUUCCGCUCGCCCUUCAGCUUAUCCACCAAUCCAUGAUCUCGUAGCGAACAUGAAUUUGUCUGAUAAUAACCCUUCUGCACCGGCUUCUCCUCCUGCCCCUGCAACUUAUCACCCGGGGCCAAAUCCUGUUCCCUAUGGGCACCCUAAUUCCUUUUCAAGGUGGGAAUCGGAGUCUCCAAAACCAACCUAUCCAACUCCUUGUGCUGAACCACAGAGUAAUAAUCAGGCUAUGCAGGUUGUGCCAUUCUCGCCUUCUAAAAGCUCCUUAAAGGUUUUGCUCUUACACGGAAAUCUGGAUAUUUGGGUAUACGAAGCAAAAGAUCUGCCAAACAUGGACAUGUUCCACAAGACCAUUGGGGAUAUGUUUGGGCAAAUGAGUAAUAAGAUCACAAGUGAUCCUUACGUCUCAAUUACUGUAGCUGAUGCAGUGAUUGGCCGGACUUAUGUCAUAGGCAAUAAUGAAAAUCCCGUGUGGAUGCAACAUUUUAAUGUCCCCGUAGCACACUAUGCUGCGGAAGUACAGUUUCUUGUCAAGGACGAUGAUAUAGUAGGUUCUCAGCUUAUGGGGACAGUGGCUGUCCCGCUAGAACAGAUAUAUGGAGGGGGUAAAGUAGAGGGGUUCUUUCCGAUUUUGAACAGUAGUGGAAGACCUUGCAAGGCUGGAGCAGUUUUGAGGAUAUCAGUCCAAUAUUAUCCAAUGGAUAAAUUAAGUAUUUACCAUCAUGGAGUUGGUGCUGGUCCUGAGUAUUAUGGGGUUCCUGGAACUUAUUUUCCACUGAGGAUGGGUGGAACAGUUACUCUGUAUCAAGAUGCUCAUGUGCCUGAUGGAUGCCUUCCAAAUUUGAUGCUUGACUACGGAAUGCCAUAUGUACAUGGAAAGUGCUGGCGUGACAUCUUUGAUGCCAUACGCCAAGCCCGACGCUUGAUCUACAUUACAGGUUGGUCAGUGUGGCACAAAGUCAAACUUGUUCGAGAUGAUGCUUCUGUUGAUGGUUCCACUCUAGGGGAUCUUUUAAAGUCAAAGUCACAAGAAGGUGUUAGAGUGCUGCUUCUAAUAUGGGAUGACCCUACAUCAAGAAGCAUCCUUGGCUAUAAAACGGAUGGUGUUAUGGCAACCCAUGAUGAAGAGACUCGUAGGUUUUUCAAACAUUCUUCCGUGAAAGUGCUGCUUUGUCCUCGAGUGGCAGGGAAACGUCACAGUUGGGUCAAGCAGAGGGAAGUUGGAGUAAUUUAUACACAUCAUCAGAAAACUGUGAUAGUGGAUGCCGAUGCUGGCAACAAUCGAAGAAAAAUCAUGGCAUUUGUUGGAGGACUUGACUUGUGUGACGGGCGAUAUGAUACUCCGGAGCAUCCUCUAUUUCGAUCACUGAAGACAGUGCACUCUGAGGACUAUCAUAACCCUACUUAUGCUGGGAGUACAGCUGGUUGUCCAAGAGAGCCGUGGCAUGACUUGCACUCUAAAAUUGAUGGUCCAGCAGCAUAUGAUGUUCUCACAAACUUUGAGGAGCGCUGGUUGAAGGCUUCAAAGCCUCAAGGCAUUAAGAAGUUGAAGACGUCAUAUGAUGAUGAUUUGCUCCGAAUUGAAAGAAUGCCUGAAAUUCUUGGUAUUUCUGAGGCUCCAUCUGUGAGCGGUGAUGACCCUAACGGUUGGCAUGUACAGAUAUUUCGUUCGAUCGACUCAAACUCGGUCAAAGGCUUUCCAAAGGAUCCUAAAGAAGCUACAAUGAAGAACCUAAUGUGUGGGAAAAAUGUACUUAUUGAUAUGAGCAUACACACAGCAUAUGUGAAGGCGAUUCGUGCUGCACAACACUUCAUUUACAUUGAAAAUCAAUAUUUCAUUGGCUCCUCGUACAAUUGGAGUCAACAUAAAGAUGUUGUUCAAGUGGCAAAGGUUGAGGGACUUGUGACUUGGGUCACUGGUUCGAGCCCUGCGCCAUGUGAACUAAGCCUGGUAUUUAAAUGGAGAAGGGUACAGGGGUGGGCCCAUUACCCUGAGUUUCGAAGGCUGCGGUUGGUCCUAAGAGUUGUCCCCGGACAGAUUUCUCGUCAUAAAAAAGGUGCAAAUAAUCUAAUUCCCAUGGAACUUGCACUUAAAAUAGCUGAAAAGAUAAGAGCGCAUGAGAGGUUUGCAGCAUACAUUGUCGUCCCUAUGUGGCCAGAGGGUAAUCCAACUGGGGCUGCUACACAGAGAAUUCUUUAUUGGCAGAACAAGACAAUGCAAAUGAUGUAUGAAACUAUUUACAAGGCUUUAGAGGAGGUUGGGCUUGAGAAUUCAUACUCUCCAGAAGAUUAUUUAAACUUCUUCUGUCUUGGUAACCGUGAGGCUGGUAAGGUUGAAAAUGAGAGUCCAGGCACUGCAAACACUCCUCAGGCGUUCAGUCGAAAACACCGUAGAUUCAUGAUUUAUGUUCAUUCUAAAGGCAUGAUUGUGGAUGAUGAGUAUGUGAUAUUGGGAUCUGCAAACAUCAACCAGCGCUCUCUGGAGGGUACUAGAGACACCGAGAUCGCAAUGGGAGCAUAUCAACCUCAUCAUACAUGUGCAAGAAAACAGUCAAGCCCAUAUGGACAGAUUCAUGGAUAUAGAAUGUCUCUGUGGGCUGAGCAUCUUGGAGUUGUUGAGGAUUGCUUCAGACAGCCGGAGUCGUUAGAAUGUGUAAGACGAGUUAGGUCCAUGGGAGAAUAUAACUGGAAGCAAUUCGCAGCUGAUGAAGUAACAGAAAUGAGAGGGCACCUCUUAAAAUACCCAGUUAAAGUCGAUCGCAAAGGCAAGGUGAAGAAUCUUCCGGGAUGUACAAAUUUCCCAGAUGUUGGUGGAAACAUAAUAGGAUCAUUCUUAGCAAUUCAAGAAAAUCUUACCAUUUGAUUUCCCAUUUUUUUUCUUCAUAUCAUCCGUACGUAGAGAUUAUUUGAACCCUGAGGAAAUUAUACAUCCUUGAUUGGUAUCUUAAGCAGUUUUCGAUCCAUUCAUACAGUUAACAGUUAGGCAGAGGAAGACGGUUACAACAUUGAGUAUAGUAGAAAUUUGUACAGUUGCUACUUCUUUUUGAUGAUUUUGAGUCUGUAUAAGCUCACAACAGUUUGUGAAUUUUGGCCAUAGAUUGGACUAUUCAAUAUGAGGAAAUAAGUGCAUCUUUCAUGAAAAAGUGGCUCCAACUUCUUUUAUUCUGUACAUAAGAAUUGGAGGACUUUCUAAUUUCA